AUGUAACCACUAUGUGAUCCAACAUAGGAUAGAGUGGAUAAACAAGUUCCAUUACCUCCCCAUCGUCAUUUAGAUCCUUAUUUAAUGUUCCCUACUAAGAAUCUAGACAUGAGAUAUUUAUAAUAAAAGGCAAACCUGAUUGGAAGUUCAUCAAAGAGCAUUUUGAAAAGGAAGUAAUCAAAUUGAU